GGCGGGGCCAGGUGCUGGGCUGUCUCUGCUUGUCAAAAGGCCGCCGCCGAGCCCCUGGCGCCCGAGCGCGGAGCAGCGUGCCCACCCACCAGACCAGGACCCGAAGAGCCCUCCCAGCACGGCCGACUUCUCCAGUCCCUCAUUCCACUUCUGCCUGGUGAUCCUGUGGGCAGCCCGUCUGUGUCAGUGAGUGAGGGAUGGAGGCCAUGGCGGCCAGCACCUCCCUGCCCGACCCCGGCGACUUUGACCGGAACGUGCCUCGUAUCUGUGGGGUGUGUGGAGACAGAGCCACCGGCUUCCACUUCAACGCCAUGACCUGUGAAGGCUGCAAAGGCUUCUUCAGGCGGAGCAUGAAGCGCAAGGCUCUGUUCACGUGCCCCUUCAACGGAGACUGCCGCAUCACCAAGGACAACCGGCGCCACUGCCAGGCCUGCCGGCUCAAGCGCUGCGUGGACAUUGGCAUGAUGAAGGAGUUCAUCCUGACGGACGAGGAGGUGCAGCGCAAGCGGGAGAUGAUCCUGAAGCGGAAGGAGGAGGAGGCCCUGAAGGACAGCCUGCGGCCCCGGCUGUCGGAGGAGCAGCAGCGCAUCAUCUCCGUCCUGCUGGAGGCCCACCACCAGACCUACGACCCCACCUACGCCGACUUCAGCCACUUCCGGCCCCCGGUUCGAGUGAGCGACGGUGCGGGGAACCCUCUCUUCGGGCCCUGCUCCAGACACCCCCCCAGCUUUUCCGGAGACUCGUCCUCCUCCUGCUCAGACCACUUCGCCAGCCCGGCAGACAUGAUGGAGCCGACCGACUUCCCCAGCCUGCAUCUGGGUGAAGAAGACCCCGAUGACCCUUCAGUCACCCUGGACCUAUCCCAGCUCUCCAUGCUGCCCCACCUGGCCGACCUCGUCAGCUACAGCAUCCAAAAGGUCAUCGGCUUUGCCAAGAUGAUCCCAGGGUUCAGAGACCUCACCUCUGAUGACCAGAUUGUGCUGUUGAAGUCAAGUGCCAUUGAGGUCAUCAUGCUGCGUUCCAAUGAGUCCUUCACCAUGGAUGACAUGUCCUGGACCUGUGGCAACCAGGAUUACAAGUACAGUGUCAGCGAUGUGACCAAAGCUGGACACAGUAUGGAGCUGAUAGAGCCCCUCGUCAAGUUCCAGAUAGGGCUAAAGAAGUUGAAUUUGCACGAAGAGGAGCAUGUCCUGCUCAUGGCCAUCUGCAUCGUGUCCCCAGACCGUCCGGGGGUGCGGGACGCGGCGCUGGUGGAGGCCAUCCAGGACCGGCUGUCCAACACGCUGCAGACCUACAUCCGCUGCCGCCACCCGCCCCCGGGCAGCCACCAGCUGUACGCCAAGAUGAUCCAGAAGCUGGCCGACCUGCGGAGCCUCAACGAGGAGCACUCCAAGCAGUACCGGAGCCUCUCCUUCCAGCCCGAGUGCAGCAUGAAGCUCACGCCCCUGGUGCUCGAGGUGUUCGGCAACGAGAUCUCCUGACUCGGGCGGGGCUGCCCCUCGGGAGCUGCGGCCCCGCGGCCCUCGCCCGCUCGGGAGCGGGGCCCCUCCUGCCCCUGCCCGGCCCCUCCUCUCUCCUGCCCGACCUAACGCCAGCCGCCCCUGAGGACCAGGGGCCUCCCCUUCUCCCUCCGGACCCGUGUGCUUGGCAGAGGAAGUGGGUGCCGAGGGCAGAGCUGGCGGGGAGGAGGGGGCGCGCCGAGGGAUGGCCCUGCCGUGGCAGCAGUGGCCGGCUCUGCCGGAGCAGGCGGGAGAGGCGUCCCCCUCCCUCACUGCCGCCCCCACCCCCAGAGCCUGGUGGGGGGCCGCCCCUCGCCCUCUGCACUCGCUAACGGCCCCGAUUGCCCCGACCCCCACCCCGCCUGUGGCUCACGUGUGCGGGUGGUGUCCAGGGGGCCACCUGAGGGUGGGGGUGGGCGGGGCGCUUCUCCCCCCCUUCGGCUGGCCUGCCACCCACUGCCAAGAAUGACCCAAACCAAGGUGACAACGGUCGCAGUUUCUCCCCAGCCACUUCUGCUGGCCCAACGGCACUUGUUCAGCCCACGAGUGCCCGCCUCACCCCAUCAGCCUGGCGGCAUUGUCCCCCAGAAGCAGCUCUGAUAAGGGGGGGUGCCCUUCCCGUGCCCGGCCAGCAGGCCAGCAGGCCAGCACCCGCUUUCCAAGAGGCCCACGGAGUGAAGAAAGCGGAGCCCAGGCUGGGGUGGCCGAGGGGCACACACGCCCGGGCCCACCACGCCCCGGCCUGGGCAAAGUGGCCAGUCCAAGCGUGCGCUCAUCUUCAGGGACGCUCUGGCAAGACAGAGCUGCCUGGACACCGCCUUCUCCGCCCGCUGCCCGUGCUACCUCCCGCCCGGGAGAGAGAGAACCAGGCUCGAGUGGCUGUGUCUGCGCCCGACGCCCCGAGGGGCCCAGGGCUCCCCGCAAACAGCAGGGCCGAGGGCCAGAGCCCGCAGCUCCCAGCCACCCUCCCGGGCCACCUGGCUGUCGUUCCCAGAGGGCCUUGGCCCUGGGGUGUGGGGUACAGCCAGCUGGCCGCGGGCAGGCCCUGCCUCCUUACUCUGCCGUCCCUGUGAGGCAUGGCCAGGGGUGGAGGGUUCCUUACGACCAAGCCGCGUGCUCCCCAGACCCCGCCCCGCGCACAGUGGGAGCACUCACCCACCCCUGCAGGCAGGGCGCCUGGCUGAGUGCGAGGAGGCAGGAACAGAGGGUCCCUUGAGUCGCCAGUUCCAUUUGUGGCCACACCAGUGUUUGCCCUCCCGACACGGACUCUUCACUGCCCUAGAAGGCCCCUCGGCCUGCACCUGUUGUUCCUCGAACACUGGACUGGGAGCCAGAGCUGCUACAGGCUCCGUGGCCCUGGGGUUGGGUCCCUCUGGGUGGGCACCACUGACACCCCUCCGCACAGCUGGCCCCGGCGCCCGCCAGCUCUGCGCUGUUCCCAGAACCAACCCUCGCUGUGUACUCCGCUCCCACAUGACAAGCAGCCACUCAUCAGGAGAAUUCAUGGGGGGCAUACUCACGUUAGUGAAAAUUCUUGCACCUUAACUAUCGUUGUUGCUAUCUUGCAAAUUACAGAGCCACCCUUGUUGCUGACUUAGAGUGCAAAGCACAGGGGGCCAGCUUGCCCUUCUUCAGGGGCACCCAUCCCCAAACUGGGUGACACCAGCCCAGGGGGGCCACUGGAACGAUGCAGGGGCAGCAAUAGGAAGCCUUGGGUGCAACUAGGGGGCACUUACUAUUUGUUUGCUUCAAGAAUGUCGAUUUCCCGUGGGAAAAACUCAGCGGUGUGUUUUAAAGAGAGGGUAGGGAUAGAUCCCAAUAAGUUUGGGAAACCCGGGGCCGGAGGAGAGCAGCCGAGCCCCUUGAGAGAGAAAGCGGGCACAGAGGCCAUGGGACUCACCCACAGAGUUGCUGAAGCUCCCCCGGGUGGGUCUGGAGCUCUUUGCCGGCUGGUGACUGACCUCGUCCCCGGGGUCUUAGAGCGGGUCGAGUACCUCACGCUGAACUUCCCUGCGUUGUCCCCCUGCUCAGCCUUCUAGAGGGGGGACCUCAGCCUGUGUCUCAAUGUGAAUCCGCCUCCCCACGUGCCCCAGGGAACCGAGGCCACGUGGGGUCUCUGCCUCAGCCC